AACACGGUCUCAGCAGAUGUGUGUCUAACAUGAGUCUGCCUGACAGAGAUGAAGGGGAAAGACUUUCAGAGCAGAACUGACAAACCUGUCACCGACAGAAGAAAGUGACUCCAGCACACGCUCUGAUUGGACAAAAAGAGGCAAGAGGAGCAAAAGAGAAUCUAAAACUUCUUAAGGAUACGCUGAAAGAAGAUAAAGAUGGAUUUAAAGACUGGAAACCCCUCUGACAGCUUCACAGCAGACAUCAGCUUAGAGAAGCUGCACAGGGUGGCUGUGGAGCUGACUCUGCCAGGGAAGUUCCUCCUCAGACUUCUGAACGCUGCUCUGGAGUUUGUGACUGACGUGCUGGGCAGAGUUUUAGGGAGUACCCUGGUCAGGAGACAUUUCCAUCUGCUGCUGUCCGGUCUGAUUCUGUUCGGUCCUCUGCUGAGUUUCUGGGUGUCCAAGUACAGCAUCUUUGCUAACAGUAACCAUUACCUGUACAGGAAGUUCCUGAAGUCUACCUGGGGUUGGACCAGUAUCCUCUCAGGCUCCCUCAUCCUCCUCCUCUCCUCCUCAGCCCGUCAUCCCCCCUCUCUCCUCCUUCGCCAUCUCUCUCGGAUAGGGCUCAUAGGGUUGCUCUGGUGGGGGUCUCAGCGUGUCCUGACGCUGCUGGAAGAUGCAGCAGGAACCUGUUAUGAACCAUUGAAACCGGACCAGGAUCUUCUCGGCACUGCCCCGUCAGUCCAGCCUCUGCUGCUCCUGCAUGAGGACCAGACCAAGGCCUCCUGCCUCAGAGCCAACAUGGUAUGGAGAGGGUAUGAAGUCUCCCAGGAGGUCCUCAUCCUCUGCUUGUGCUGCCUGCUGCUUGUUGAGGAGAUGUCUGUGUUUGGGUCUCACCUGGCUCAGGCACAGGUUCUGCAGAGACCUCCUGGUGGACCUUUGAGGUUUAUCUUCCUCCUGUGUGUGGUCUUACUUGCUCUGUGGUUGUUCCUGCUGCUGUGUCUGCUCGCACACUUCCCCAAGUUCCCCUCCCAGCAGCUAGGGGGAGCUCUAGGCUACCUGGGAUGGAGAGGCCUGUAUCAGGGAUGGUCCAGACUCAAACCAAGCUGGGGCUGGCCUUGUUUGCCAGGAGAGCAUUAGACCUCCACAGACACUGAAACAGAUCCUCAGUAGAAUGAAACCCUCAGAGGACGAUGUGUUUAGGACAGAGGUUCACAAAAUGGGGGUUGCGAGACACUGAUGGGGGGGUCGUGAUAUGCUUUCCAAAACAUAAUCACAAUGUAGAAAGAUCUAAAUUUGCAUGUUUUAUCCUGUGUUGUAAACAUAUACAGUGUCACUAAAUUUCAGA